AUGGACGACGCGGACGCUCAUAACUCCUCAAACGAAGACCCAAAUGUCCAUUCUAAGAUACUAGUACUCAUCAUAGUGGGCAAGGACGACAAACCGCUCCUGAUAGAGGACCUCUCGACGCCAGGCAGAAGGUCGGACCCACCGCACCUCGCCUCCUUCGUGGCACACCAGUCCCUGGACGUAAUCGAAGACCUGGUCUGGAGCAACCCGAGCCUGUUUCUAAAACAAGUGGACGUUUUCGACUUCCUCUCCGUCUCGGCCUACGUGACGUGCAGCCACGUGAGCUUCAUACUAAUCACGCGCGCCCACGUCACAAACACCUCAGACUUUGUAAUAUACUCUCCCAAUUUAAGUUCAAACGAGCCUGACCCGCCUUCCAUGGAUUCCGUGCGUUCAUUCUUCAAGGAGAUCCACGAGCUCUACUCGAGGCAGGUGAUGAACCCGCUGUACGUGUUCAACGGCAGCUUGGAGUCGAACAACUUCAAAAACAAGGUACGCCAGGCCGCAAGGAAGCACCUAAUAUAA